AUGGAGGUCUAUGUGGACGACAUGCUAGUGAAGAGCAAAAUGGCGCAAGACCAUGUGGCCGACCUCAGCGAAACAUUCUCCGUACUCCGAAGGUACCGAAUGAAGCUCAAUCCGGCCAACUGUGCGUUCGGAGUCACCUCGGGCAAGUUCCUUGGCUUCGUAAUCACGCAGCGGGGAAUCGAGGCCAACCCCGAGAAGAUCCGAGCGCUCCAGGAGAUCACGCCGCCGAGGACAGUGAAGGAAGUGCAGCGGCUUACGGGCCGGGUCGCAGCCCUCGGAAGAUUCGUCGCCCGAUCGGCCGAGCGCUGCCUCCCGUUCUUUGCAGCUCUCAAGAAGCCAAAAAACUUUCUAUGGUCGGCCGAAUGCCAGCAAGCCUUCGAAGAGCUCAAGCGUCUUCUUGCCUCUCCUCCGCUGCUCACGAAGCCUCAACAGGGUGAGCUCCUCUACUUGUAUUUAGCUGUUUCUCCUAUGGCUGUGAGCUCGGUCCUGGUUCGGGAGGAGAGCAAGCUUCAAAAGCCGAUCCUGCAGCGAUCAGAUCGUGCCGGACGGGUUACCAAAUGGGCCAUCGAGCUUGGGGAGUUCGACCUCGAGUAUCGACCCAGGCCGGCGAUCAAGGCCCAGGCACUCGCCGACUUCAUAGUCGAGUGCACCGUGCCGGACGAGCCUGAGCCCGAGCUAGCGCCGGCGGAGCAGACCCCGAACUCGACAUGGACCCUGCAUGUUGAUGGUUCUUCGAACUCAGGGGGUAGCGGAGCGGGCCUCAUCCUCGCCAGUCCAGAUGGAGUGGUCGCCGAGCAGGCCAUGCGCUUCGAAUUCUCCGCCUCCAACAAUGCAGCAGAGUAUGAAGCACUUGUCGCCGGGCUCAAAGAGCCCACGAUGCAAGAAUAUCUUCGGAAAGUGCGGGACCUCGCCUCGACUCUAAACUCCUUCCACAUCCAACACAUCGCCAGAACGGAGAACCUCAGAGCAGAUCAACUAUCAAAGCUGGCGUCUUCCCGCAUGAGCGAGCUUCCGAAGGCAGUAGCGCUGGAGUAUCCCCAAAAACCCAGCACAGAGGAGCCCGAGCCGACCCUUUGCAUCGAAGUUGAGCCGAGCUGGAUGGAUGAGCUCGUCAACUACUUGCAGGAUGAAGCCCUCCCCAGCGAUGAGCAUGAGGCCCGCCGGGUGAAGCGCUUGGCUGCCCGGUACAUAUUGCACGAGGGUAAGCUCUAUCGAAGAUCCUUUACCUCUCCCCUCCUCAGGUGCCUUCGCCCGACAGAGGCGGACUAUGCAAUGCGCGAGGUCCAUGAGGGGAUCUGUGGAAAUCAUCUGGGGGGACGAGCGUUAGCGCACAAGAUUUUGCGUCAAGGAUACUAUUGGCCAACACUCCAGAAAGAUACCCUGGACUUCGUCCGAAGAUGCGACCGAUGCCAGAGGAACGCCAAUGGGCUCAAGGCCAGGCUCGACCAGUCCAAGGGACAGUGGGUCGAAGACCUGUACAACGUCCUGUGGGCUUAUCGGACCACGUUCCGCGUACCCACCGGCGAAACUCCUUUCAAUCUGACGUACGGGACAGAAGCCGUUAUCCCCCUGGAGAUCGGGCUUCCUUCUCCAAGGGUGGAGCAUUUUGACGCCGGCUCCAGCUCCUCGCAGCUCAGAAAUAAUCUGGACCUAAUCGAGGAGACCAGGAAAGCCACCCGAGUUCGCAUGGCAAAGUACCAGCAAAGGACGGCGCAAUACUAUAACGCCAGGGUCAAGGUUAAAUCCUUCAAAGUAGGGGACCUUGUCCUCAGGAGGGCAGAAGCCUCCCAACCAACUGAGCAAGGGAAGAUGGCCCCGAACUGGGAGGGACCCUACCAGAUCGCGCGCGUCCAGCGACCUGGAGCAUACAAGCUGAGAUCUCUUGACGGGACUCCCAUUCCACGCAGCUGGAGUUCCGAAAACCUCCGGGUGUACUACCAAUAG